AGCGCCGCCCGUACCAAGAUCUGUGAAUCCUCUAUCUUCAACGGGCUCUAAACUAUCCGCUUCCCGAUUGCGACUGUGCUCAAUCGCUCAGUACGGACUUAUAAGAAGAAGAGUAUGAAACGAAAUCUAGGCCAAUGUAUCAAGCAGUCAUAAUUUCCCCAUCAUCUACGCGCACAUCAUUGUCAGAUUGAGACUACAUUCAUCAGCAUUCACCAACCAACCAGUUCUUACACCUUCAGACCUCGUAAAGGACUCAACAAUGGCACCAAAUUCAACACCGCUCGCCGUAGCCGCGGGUAUCUCUAUUCUUGCCUCGGGAUGGGCCGCAGGUCUGAGCACGAGCCUCAGCGUGUUUGGAAUACCAACAAUCCUGCACGGCAACGCUCCAAGUGAGGUCAUGGUCCGUCAGUGGCGAUUCCAAUUUCUUCGCGGGCAAUCCAUCAUUCCCGGCGUGGCGGUCCUCAACGCAAUCAACUACUGGACCAUUGCGUACCUCUGUUGGUCGCGCAGCCUCGAGUGGCGUGGGUUCGCGGCGGCCGGGUUGUCGACCUUUUUCCAGGUCCCGUACACGCUUACGUUCAUCAUGGAGACCAAUAGGCAGAUGCUUCCCGAAGGAAAGGAGAAGACGCUGAGCGAGGAUUCGGCCAGGUCACUGAUCAAGAAGUGGGGAGACCUGAACGUUGCCCGUGCUGUUGUCCCAAUCAUCGGGACGGGCUUGGCUUUGUGGAACUUCUGCCUGUAAUCAUACGUUGAUGUACAGCUAUGAUGGUAUAAAAGGGAAGACAGCAACAGAAUGGGACCGAUUGGAGGCCUUAGCUGCCUGAAGCUUGGGAGGGGCUGUGUUUGAUGCGUGCUUCGAGGACACAAAGUUCUAAGUACGUAAGACUACCUGCGCAACGUUGUCUCAUACCUUGGAUUUCCUUGCGGUUAAUUCGAAUUUGAUACUAUUCUACAUAUCCCAUAUCAUGGGUACUUGAUGAUGACACUGGCACGAAAUUAAUGUAUAUAUAUAUACCUUAAUGAUAUGUAUUUGGUGCUCGGUUAGUGUCUAGAUCUCGGGGGCACAGUGACGGCGGG